CUAGAUACAAAUCAGGGAAAAGGAGUUAUAACAUGUAUAAAUGGAAUCCGAUUCCUGUCCAUGACGUGGGUAAUCAUUGGUCAUGCAUUCAGUGCACCUAAUAAUAUUGCAGAUAAUAUUGCAGAAUUUAUGCCACGCAUGCUCAAACGAUGGACAUUUAUGGCCGUUUGUAAUGCAUAUGUGUCCGUUGAUUCCUUUUUCACCUUAAGUGGACUUUUACUGACAUAUUUGGUGAUGAAAGAACUGGCGAAAAACAAAGGACGUCUAAAGUGGUUCAUGUUUUAUUUUCAUCGAUUUUGGAGGUUAACGCCUCCAUAUAUGUUAGUUAUCAUGGUUUCCGUAUCACUAUUCCACUACACUGGAAGUGGACCGAACUGGCCAACAAGUGGAAUAGACAAAGGUUGCGAAAAGGGAUGGUGGUACAAUCUAUUGUAUAUCAAUAACUUUGUAGAGGACAACAAGAAGAAGUGUUUUGGAGUUGCAUGGUACUUAGCGAACGAUAUGCAGUUCUAUAUCCUUAGUCCACUCAUACUUCUACCGUUAUACCACUUCCAUUUACUUGGUGUUGGUAUUUUGAUGGUGUUCCUUGUAGGCACUACAAUAACAGCAGGAGUUAUAUCAUCUCAUUAUGAUAUUCCCGCCAAUAAUUUUGACGCUGGAGACGCUACACAUUGGAAGAAACUGUACGUUAAACCCUACUGUAGAAUUGGACCUUAUCUGGUUGGCAUGUAUGCUGGUUACAUACUAUAUAGAACCAAUUGUAAAGUUCACAUCAACAGGUAUCUGAAUUUGGCUAUCUGGUCAGCGGCUAUAGGUACUGGAAUGGCCAUUGUUUACGGGUUAUACGAUGACAUCAAUAGCGACACGCCGCUUCCAACAUCGGUAGCAGCUUUUUACAACGCUGUACACAGAACAGCUUGGGGACUCUGUAUUUCGUGGGUUAUUUUUGCUUGUGCAACUGGAAAUGGAGGAUUUAUUAACACUAUCUUGUCAUGGAAAGCUUUUAUCCCAUUGAGUCGGCUGACAUAUAUGGCUUAUCUGGUCCACAUGAUGAUACUCAACCAUUGGAAGUACUCACAGACGAAAACUAUACACUUGUCUGAUAGUGAAUACAUUUACGAGAUUGUUGGUCAUAUUGUGUUGUCGUUUAUGGCCGCUUUUGUGACGUCAUUAGCGUUUGAAUCACCAAUGUUAGGACUUGAAAGUGUUAUAUUCAGGAGGAAACAAAAUAAGAGAUAACAAU